UCCCCUCCUCCUCCCUAUCUCCUCCCCUCGUCUUCUCUCCUUUCCCCCUGCCAGGCGCAGCGCAGCGCAGGCAGACGCCCAGGGGAAGCCCAGAGAGCCAGAACCAGAGCUCCGCGGCCCAGGGUCCGAGGGAAGUGGAGAGGAGGAGGAGGAGAAGACUGGCUGGGGGCUGAUCUGGGGAGCACGCCCCGCUUCAUCCCUUCUCCCGAAAGGCCAGCAAGCGCGAGAGAGCAGACUUCCUUUUGUUUGCAGCCCGAGGCUGCGACUGCAGCGGCUCCGGGUCCGAGUCCGAGAGCGGAGCCGGUAGGGAGGCGGGCCGCCGGGCGGGCCGGUAGGCUCAGGGUGGUAGGGAGGCCGGCCCGGGGGCGGGGGCUGGACGGCCCGGCCCGCCCCCGUGCCCGCCCUCCCUCUCCCGAUCCCUAGCUCGCUUGCUGCCUGGUUCGCUAGCUCGCUAGCUCGCUCACCCUCUGGCUCCGGGGCUGCUGGGCUCCCUCUACCCCUUUUCUCCCUCUCGCCCUCAGUCGCGGCCCCCGGCCUCGGGCCAGCUCCGGCCGGCCCUGCCCGGCAGCUCCGGAGGGAGCCGGUGCGGGCGUGAUGGGCUGCCAGCAGCGGCAGGGCGGCCAGCGCCCCCGAGCCCCGCCCCUGCCCCUGCCCCCGGCCGCGCCGGCCUCGGCGCCGCCGGCCCCGGGCUCGGCCCGGCCCCCGCGGCCCGGCCGCCGCCGGCUGCUUCUGCUGCUGCUGCUCGCCGCCCUGCUCCGGCUGGCCGCCGGCGCCGGGGGCGGGACGUGUCCCGAGCGCGAGCUGGAGCGGCGCGAGGAGGAGGCCAACGUGGUCCUCACGGGCACUGUGGAGGAGAUCUUGAACGUGGACCCCGUGCACCUCACCUACUCGUGCAAGGUUCGGGUCUGGCGGUACCUUAAGGGCAAAGAGGUGGUUACCCACGAGAUCCUGCUUGAUGGUGGAAACAAGGUGGUGAUUGGUGGCUUUGGAGAUCCGCUCAUUUGUGACAACCAGGUGUCCACUGGGGAUACCCGGAUCUUCUUCGUGAACCCUGCCCCGCGCUACCUGUGGCCAGCGCACAAGAACGAGCUGAUGCUGAACUCCAGCCUCAUGCGCAUCACGCUUCGGAACUUGGAGGAGGUGGAGCACUGUGUGGAAGACAAACCUGGGAAUCAUUUCACACAGCCGCCCCCUACGCCUCCAGAUGCAUGCCGGGGUAUGCUAUGUGGCUUUGGGGCCGUAUGUGAACAGAGUGCUGGCCGGGCCACAUGCGUGUGCAAAAAAGGCCCAUGCCCUACCGUGGUGGCCCCUGUGUGUGGCUCUGAUGCCUCCACCUAUAGCAAUGAGUGUGAGCUACAGAGGGCUCAAUGCAGCCAGCAGCGACGGAUCCGAGUGGUCAGUCGAGGGCCUUGUGGUUCCCGAGAUCCCUGCUCAGGAGUGACCUGCAGCUUUGGCAGCACCUGUGCCCGCUCAGCAGAUGGGCAGUCGGCCAAGUGCAUCUGCCCAACCUCAUGCAGCGGUGUCCCCGAGGGCAUCGUCUGUGGCAGCGAUGGGCGUGACUACCCCAGCGAGUGCCAGCUUCACCGCCUUGCCUGUGCCCGGCAGGAGAACAUUGUCAAGAAGUUUGAUGGGCCCUGUGAUCCGUGCAAGGCUGUUCUCAGUGACCUGAACCGCGUGUGCUGGGUGAACCCUCGCACCCGUCAGCCUGACAUGCUGCUACGACCUGAGAGCUGCCCACCCCGGCAGGAGCCAGUGUGUGGGGACGAUGGGGUCACCUACAUCAACGACUGCAUCAUGGGCCGUACCAGUGCCACCCAGGGUCUUGAUAUCCAGAAGCUUCGCUCAGGGCAGUGCCAGCCACAAGAUCAGUGCCCGAGCCCCUGCAAGUUUAACGCCGUGUGUCUCAUCCGCCGCGGCCGUGCCCGCUGCUCCUGUGACCGGGUCACCUGUGACGGCGCCUACCGGCCUGUGUGCACGCACGGGGGCCACACGUACGCCAGUGACUGUGAACGCCAGCGCGCCGAGUGCAGCCAGCAGCGGGCGCUCCCGGUCAAGCACCAGGGGCCCUGUGCCCUGCCUGUUGGGAGGACGGAGGCGCCUGAGCCGCCCCGGGGAUCCCACCCCACCCCACCGGGAGCACCGGCAGCCAGAGAUCAGGACACCCCCAGCCCCUGCCUGGGUGUCCAGUGUCCUUUCGGGGCCACAUGUGUGGUGAGGAACUGGGAGGCUGUGUGUGAGUGCCAGCAGGUCUGUGCCGGCCUCUAUGACCCCGUGUGUGGCAAUGACGGUGUCACCUAUGGAAGCCCCUGUGAGCUGGAGGCCACAGCCUGCGUCCUCAAGAAGGAGAUCCUGGUCACCCGCAAGGGGCCUUGUGGCCUCUGCGGAAAGUGCCAGUUUGGUGCCCUGUGUGAGGCGGAGACGGGCCGUUGCGUGUGCCCCACGGAGUGCGUGCCCUCGGCCCAGCCCGUGUGCGGCUCUGAUGGGAACACGUACGGCAGCGAGUGCGAGCUGCACGUCCAUGCCUGCACGCGCCAGAUCACCCUGAGCGUGGCCUCCCCUGGACAUUGCAAGACGUGCGGGGACACGGUGUGCGCCUUCGGGGCCGUGUGCUCCCAGGGCCGCUGCGUGUGCCCCCGCUGCGAGCGCCCGCCCCCCAGCCCGGUGUGCGGCAGCGACGGCGUCACCUACGGCAGCAGCUGUGAGCUCCGGGAGGCUUCCUGCCAGCAGCAGCAGAGGAUCGAGGAGGCCCGGCCGGGGCCCUGCGAGGACGAGUGUGGCUCUGGUGGCUCUGGCUCGGGCGAGGAUGGAGACUGUGAGCAGGAGCGAUGCCGCUGGUGGGGAGGCGUGUGGGACGAGGACUCUGAGGACAAUUGGUGUGUGUGCGACUUCAGCUGUCAGACCGUGUUACGCAGCCCGGUGUGUGGCUCUGACGGCAUCACCUAUGGUAACGAGUGUGAGCUGAAAAAAGCAAGGUGCGAGAGCCAACGGGACCUGUACGUGACGGCCCAGGGUGCCUGCCGAGGCACUCCGACAAUGGUCCCGCCGCCACCGGUGUUGCACUGCUCCCAGACCCCCUAUGGCUGCUGUCUGGACAAUGUCACCAGGGCGCAGGGUGUUGGCCUGGCCGGCUGUCCAAGCACCUGUCAGUGUAACCCUUAUGGCUCCUAUGGGGGAGGCUGUGACCCCACCUCCGGCCAGUGUUCCUGCCGCCCGGGUGUGGGGGGCCUCAAGUGUGACCGGUGUGAGCCAGGCUUCUGGAACUUCCGCGGCAUUGUGACUGACAGCCGGAGCGGCUGUACCCCCUGUAACUGUGACCCUGGAGGCGCUGUACGAGACGACUGUGAGCAGAUGACUGGACUGUGCUCCUGCAAGGAGGGCAUCACGGGGAUGAAGUGCAGCCAGUGCCCACCUGGCAGCAUCCUGGGCCCCUCAGGCUGUGAGAAAGACCCCUCGGCUCCCAAGUCAUGUGCCGAGCUGAGCUGUGAGUUUGGGGCAUCCUGUGUGGAGACGGGUGGCUCUGCCCACUGCGAGUGCCCAGCACCCAUGUGUCCAGAGGACAACAUGAGCAAGGUGUGUGGCUCCGAUGGGGUGACCUAUGGCGACCCGUGUCAGCUGAGGACCAUCGCCUGCCGCCAGGGCCGGACUAUUACUGUGCGGCAUUUUGGGCAGUGCCACGAGCCCAGCACCCAUGGGAGCCCCUCUGCCCAUCCUCCCACUGCCCCAUCCAUGGCAGCCUCAGAAACCGUCCUGCCCUCACUCUUGAAGUUCACUAGCCAGGCCCCAGAGACCACAGUGACCACCGAACUGGGGACCGUCUGGCAGGGAUGGAGCGCCCAUUCCACCCAUCGCAGCCGCCCCACCACGCGGCCUUCCGUGCCUGCCUGGACCACAGCAGGUGUCCGCCGGACCACAGCUCGGCCCGCCGUUCCUGUCCGGACCACUCCGGGUCUGCACAGGACAACCACGUGGCCUUCCAUGCCAACGUGGACCACGGCCGGGGUCCACAGGAGCACGGUGCGACCUAUCCUGACGGCCCCGGUCGCCUCUGCUGCCAGCCCCACUCUGGCCUACUCUGAGUCGGGCAGUGCGGAUGACAACAGCGGGGACGAGGAGCUCAGUGGUGAUCUGGAGGUCAGCGGGGCAGGGUCGGCAGGAACGGAGCUUUUGGAAGAAGGGGGUGUGGCUGCCCCUACUGCCACCAUCGAGAGGGCUUCCUGCUACAACUUGCCGCUGGGCUGCUGCUCGGAUGGCGAGACGCCUGCCCUGGACGCUGAGGGCACCAACUGCCCAGCCACCAAGGUGUUCCAGGGAGUGAUGGUUUUGGAAGAGGUGGACGGCCAGGAACUUUUCUAUACCCCAGAGAUGGCAGACCCCAAAUCUGAGCUUUUUGGGGAGACAGCCCGAAGCGUGGAGAGUGUGCUGGAGGGCCUGUUCCGGAAUUCAGACGUCAAGAAGGACUUCCGGAGCGUCCGCAUGCGGGACCUGGGACCGGGCGGCUCCGUGCGCGCCGUUGUGGACGCCCACUUCGACCCCUCCACAUCCUUCACGGCCCUCGAUGUGGGCCGGGCCCUGCUGAAACAGAUCAGAGCCUCCAAGAAGAGGGUCCUGGUAGUGAAACAGCCCCUGGUGGAGCACGUGAAGUUCAUGGACUUUGACUGGCUCCCCAUGCUGGUGACCACGGCCACCACCACCACCACCGUGACCACAGCCGAGGCCGUGACCCCCAGCAGCCACCACACCCCUGCCGGGACCCCCCACACUCUGUACCCAGGGCACCUGGGCCGGCCCCACGGCAAGACCCUGGCCCCGGCGACCCACGGACCGUCCACUGCCGCGGCCCUGCCCCCCACCACUCCCCCCGCGACCCAGAGACCCCCCCGGCCCUGUGACUCCCACCCCUGCCUCCACGGAGGCACCUGUGAGGAUAGCGGGCAGGACUUCAGCUGCAGCUGUCCGGCCGGCAGAGGUGGUGCCGUCUGUGAGAAAGCCGUGCAGUACUUCGUGCCCGCCUUUGGGGGCAGAUCUUACCUGGCCUUUCCCACCCUGCGAGCCUACCACACCCUGCGGGUGGCCAUGGAAUUCCGGGUGUCCGAGCCCCACGGGCUUCUACUCUACAAUGGGCAGAGUUCUGGCAAGGACUUCAUUGCACUCACGCUGGUCAAUGGUUUUGUGGAGCUCAGGUUUGACACAGGCUCAGGCAUGGGCAUCAUCACCAGCAAGGUACCUGUGGAGCGUGGCCGGUGGCACUACCUGAUAGUGACAAGGAACCGACGUCAAGGGGUGCUCUCUGUGGAUGGGGAGCCCCAUGUGACUGGCGAGAGCCCCAGCGGCACCGACGGUCUCAAUUUGGACACAGAUCUGUUUGUGGGGGGUGUCCCAGAGGACCUGGCAUCCAUAGUAUCAGAGCGCACGUCUGCCCGGGCCGGUCUGAGGGGCUGCAUCCGCCUCCUGGAUGUGAACAACCAAAGGAUUGGACUCCGGGAGAAGGGCCCGGAUGUUCUCUAUGGCUCAGGGGUGGGCGAAUGUGGGAACAACCCCUGUCUGCCCAACCCCUGCCACCAUGGAGCCACCUGCCAGGCCCGAGAGGCUGAUAUGUUCCACUGUCAGUGUCCAAAGGGCCGAGAAGGCCCCACAUGUGCUGAUGAGAGGAAUCCCUGCCAGCCUAACCCUUGCCAAGGGGCAGCUACCUGCCGAGUGCUGCCUGAGGGGGGUGCCAAGUGUGAAUGCCCCAUGGGGCGUGGGGGCCAGUUCUGUCAGACCGUCACAGAGCAAGACCCAUCGAGGCCCUUCCUUCCCAACUUCAAUGGCUUCUCCUACCUGGAGCUGAAAGGCCUCCAUACCUUUGGGGAUGUUCGGGGGGAGAAGAUGGCCAUGGAAGUGGUGUUCCUGGCCCGGAGUCCUAGUGGCGUCCUCUUCUACAACGGGCAGAAGACAGAUGGCAAAGGUGACUUCGUGUCCCUGGCCCUGCACGGUGGGCAUCUGGAAUAUCGCUAUGACCUGGGCAAGGGAGCUGCGGUCAUCAGGAGCAAGGAGCCCAUAGCCCUGAACAAGUGGACCCGAGUGUCUUUGGAGCGGAAUGGGAGGAAGGGGGCCAUGAGGGUCAAUGAUGGGGACCGAGUGCUGGGAGAGUCCCCGAUGCCACACACUGUCCUCAACUUGAAGGAGCCGCUAUAUGUUGGGGGUGCUCCUGACUUCAGCAAACUGGCCCGUGCGGCCGCUGUCUCUGGAGGCUUUGACGGGGCCAUCCAGUUGGUCUCCCUGAAGGGCCGCCAGCUGCUGACAAGAGAGAAUGUCCGUGAUGCUGUUGAGAUCUCCUCCUUCCCUGACCACCCCUGUACCCAGGCCUCGGGCCAGCCCUGUCUCAAUGGGGGCUCCUGCUCUCCCCAGCAGGAUACCUAUGAGUGUCUGUGCCUGGGGGGCUUCUCGGGGGUCCACUGCGAGAAGGGGCUGAUUGAGAAGUCAGCGGCCGACCUGGACUCCAUUGCCUUUGAUGGACGCACAUUCAUCGAGUAUCACAAUGCAGUGACCACCAGUCCUGAUGCAAUGGACUCCGGGGUCCUGCCCAGUGAGAAGGCCCUGCAGGAGAACCACUUCGAGCUGAGCCUGCGGACAGAGGCCAUGCAGGGCUUGGUGCUGUGGAGCGGCAAGGGCACAGAGCGGGCCGAUUACAUCGCGCUGGCCAUCGUCAACGGCCGCCUGCAGAUGACCUACGACCUGGGCUCCCAGCCCGUCGUCCUGCACUCUACGGUGCCUGUUAACACCAAUCGCUGGCUCCGGGUCAAGGCGUCCAGGGUACAAAGAGAAGGCUCCCUCCAGGUCGGCAAUGAGGCCCCGGUGACAGGAUCCUCCCCUCUGGGGGCCACACAGCUGGACACAGAUGGAGCCCUAUGGCUGGGGGGCCUGGAGAAGUUGACUGUGGCGCACAGCCUACCCAAGGCCUACAGCACAGGCUUUGUGGGCUGCUUGCGGGGAGUGGUGGUGGGCCAGAAGGAGCUGCACCUGGUUGAGGACGCCUUACAUAAGCCCACCCUACGGCACUGCUCAGCCCCGUGAUGCCCCCAUCCAUCUCCAGCCCUGUCUCCUGCCAGUCGUUGUAAUUAUUUUCUAUUUUUGUAAACUCAUGGCUUUUUUUUAUAUAUAAUUUCCCCUCUGCCCACCUCUUGGGGGAUGGAGGAAAUGCAGACCUCCCUCCAUCCUCACCCCAGCUCUGGGGAGAGCUCCCUUCCACUGGCUCUGGUUUGGGGAGGGUCCUGGCUCUGAAGGCCCAGGCCCUUUCUCUGGACAGCUGACGGCAUACAGGGGCCAGGACCUGACAGACUGUAAGCUCUUUUCUGGAGAUUUGGCCAGGUCCCAGUUGCCUCUCUCCCUCCUGGUUCUUCCUCCAAGGAGGACAAAGAUGGACCGGCCCUGACUGGGAAAAGGCCAGACCAGAGGGCCCCAUGAGCUCGCCUGGGUCCUCAGCCUCUGCCCCACCCCUCCUUCCCUUUUCAUCAGUCUUUUAUGUUUGUAAUUUAUGUGUGUAAGAGUCUGACUUUUUCUGUUUAUUUUUAAUGCACUGUCAUCCUUCUUGCCAUCCCUACCUUAUUCUCCUCUACCGACAGUCUCUCGUGUACACACACACCCCCUAUGUGUAUCCUCCCCCUCAGUCACACACACACACACACACACACACACACACAGGCUGGGACUCCCCAAGGACAUUGCUGCCUGUGCUCAGACGACCUGAAGCUCAGUGCUGGGGGCACACUUCCCCAAGGCUAUACAGAAGCCAUGUCCUGUAUUGCCUGACUUUGCUCUUCAGAAGCUAGACAGCAUGAACAAGCUCUGAGGGUCUUAUUUCAGGCUUUAUUUGGGGGAAGUGAGGAGAUUGGUUUCUGCCCACUCCACGAUACCUCCUGCCCGGGCCCAGCUUCCAAUCUCCCUUGGCCUGGGGGAUAGCCUUGGCUCUGGCCCCAGACCUUUCAGGCCUGCUCAGUGCCAAUACUGUGACUUAGAAGCAAUCUUGUUUGUUGGGCCCAAACAUCCUUUGGGGCUCUUUGACCAUACUCCUCUACCUGGCCUGGAUCCCCCAGGCCCCAGGGGGGCCACCCUGGCCCUCUCCUGCCUGUUCGUCACAUUCAAAUGCACUUGGAUGAGCUUCAUUCCUCCAGAGAAGAGGGGAACCGGACAGUGUGGGGCCUCGCUCUCCCAGCCAAGGGAAGAUCAUUCCGUGGUCGCCAGUUCUUCACACACCAGCUGCCUACGAUUCUGUCUGAAUUUGGGCUUCCAAAUGCGGUCUUUCUCUCGCAUCAGAAACACCUCAGGCAGGGGUCCCUAGGGCCCAUUUUUUUGAACUUGAAGAGAAUGGGAGAAGCUUGUGGCUUUUACUGGAGUAAUUACAGUGACUUUUGGAAGAAAGGACAUCUGGGAGUUGGGCUCUCAUCUCCUCCCCACUUGAGUGGGAAAGGGGGUGGAAAUGGAGGUCUCAGAGGGAGCCAGGACUGGAAGCAGCUUUUAAAGCUGUCUGUUGGAAAGGAUGAUUUAUCCAUGGGGGGAGGGGGGCAGUUUUCACAUUCAUUCCUUGUCCCUGGUUGCCAGAGCCUAGGGAGUGCCCUUUCCACUCCCACUUUGUCCCACUCCCUAGCACGGCUACCCUGGGAGUGGGGGGAACUGAGGGGGCACAAAAAAGCCAGAGGGGUAUUAGAGCAGGGGAAGGCAGAUGAUACACUGGACAGGGUUGCACCUUAUAAGUAAGCCAGAAGAUAAUGACCCUGGCUCUGUCUCUCCUCUCAGGAGGUGGUCUCAGUAUCUGUCGUGUUGGGAAAUGUUCCUGCAUAUUGGGGGGGAAGGGGCAGUGGUGUUUGCUGGGAUCAGAAACGCCUUAAAAUGCAGCAUAUGUGUCCUUGUUUCCCUGUGCCCUCUCCCCAUUCCCCACCCCCACCCCAGUGGGGCAUAGGCCCCCUGGGAGCCAGGACUCCAGAUGGGGCCUGGUGGAUACUUAAUUUUCUGUUUGUAAGGGAAGCCAGGAGGCCUGUUGGCAGGAUGGUGUUGGGGGUCAAGGAGAGGGGCUGGGACCACACCAUGCCACUCCACACCUCUCCGUGCCACACCAAGGUAGGCCGAGCCUCUGCUCUCUUCUGGUUUGGGCAAUGGUCUCCAGACCCCCCUACCCCCAUUCAGCAUGAUGUAACCAUUACUAACUUUGUGUGUGUCUUUUGUCAGUCGCCAUGAAAUAAAGUUUGAAAACUUGAAAAUAA